AUGCCUGAAUUACCUGAAGUUGAAACAACAAAAACCAGUUUACUCCCCCUGAUCGACCAGAAAGUUCUUCAUGUUCAAGUGCGUGAGUCACGGUUACGCUGGCCUAUUCCCGAAGAUAUUCAACAACUUCAAGGUCAAAAACUCGUUCGCUUAACACGUCGUUCAAAAUACAUUUUGGCAGAGUUUGAAACCCAUAGCAUGUUAUGGCAUUUGGGUAUGUCUGGUAGUUUUAGAAUCUGUGAUGAACAUGAAGCGCUUAGAAAGCAUGACCAUCUGAUCAUUCAGUUUGAAGACACACAGCUGCGCUAUCAUGACCCUCGACGUUUUGGUUGUAUCAUUUGGCUGAAUGAAGAAAGCCAAACAAAAUUGAUUGAUACUUUAGGGCCUGAACCAUUGAGUGAUGAAUUUCAUGCCGAAUAUUUAGCAGAAAAGUUUAAAAAUAAAAAUGUCGGCACAAAAGUUGCAAUCAUGGAUAAUCAUAUUGUUGUGGGUGUAGGCAAUAUUUAUGCAACCGAAAGCUUAUUUAAUUUAGGGAUUCACCCUGCACAGCCUGCUUCGAGUUUGACGAAAGCGCAAAUUCAAAAAUUGGUCAUCGAAAUUAAACGAAUUUUAAAGCAAGCGAUUGAUUUGGGUGGUUCAACCUUAAGAGACUAUAGCAACGCCAUGGGUGAGAAUGGCUACUUUCAGCAGACCUUAUUGGCUUAUGGUCGUGCGGGUGAGAUGUGUAUUAACUGUGAAACCACUUUAGAAAAUUUAAAGACAAAGAGCCAGUGUGUUUUGCCCACAAUGCCAGCCAUUAAAGAUCGCGAAGAGCAUCCCACAAAAACCACGAGGAAAAAGUAA